CCUAUAUAGCCGGGCGGACCUGGCUGCCAAGAGGGUGUGCUGGGGGACUGUGCAGCUCGAGGCUCCAGAGGCACGCUCCAGAGAGAGCCAAGGUUCUUACACGAUGAGGCAGCACCUGAGCCGGUGGUGGCUGGCCACUGUCUGCAUGCUGCUCCUCAGCCACCUCUCCGUGGUCCAGGCCAGGGGCAUUAAGCACAGAAUCAAGUGGAACCGGAAGGCCCUGCCCAGUACUGCCCAGAUCACGGAGGCCCAGGUGGCUGAGAACCGCCCGGGAGCCUUCAUCAAGCAAGGCCGCAAGCUCAACAUCGACUUCGGAGCCGAAGGUAACAGGUACUACGAGGCCAACUACUGGCAGUUCCCCGAUGGCAUCCACUACGACGGCUGCUCCGAGGCCAACGUGACCAAGGAGGUAUUUGUCACCGGCUGUAUCAACGCCACCCAGGCGGAAAACCAGGGGGAGUUCCAGAAGCCGGACAACAAGCUCCACCAGCGGGUCCUCUGGCGGCUGGUCCAGGAGCUCUGCUCCCUCAAGCGCUGCGAGUUUUGGUUGGAGAGGGGCGCGGGACUUCGGGUCACCAUGCACCAGCCAGUGCUCCUCUGCCUGCCGGCUUUCGUCUGGCUCAUGGUGAAAUAAGCUUGCCAGGAGGCUGGUAGUGCAGAGCGCAGCAGCAAGCAAAUCCCCGCAAGUGACCCAGCUCUUCUCCCCCAAACCCAGGCAUGUUCUGAAGGUGCCCAGGAGCGGCGAUGCACUCGCACUGCAAAUGCCGCUCCCACAUAUGCGCCCUGGUAUGUGCCUGUGUUCUGAUAGAUGGGGGACUGUGGCUUCUCCAUCACUCCAUUCUCAGCCCCUAGCAGAGCGUCUCUAUCACUCCAUUCUUAGCCCCUAGCAGAGCAUCUUAUUUCAAAAGAAGGGUAAGUGCUUGCUAUUCCCUUCCCUGAAUACAUUACUACUACUAGAUUAGUAGUAAUUGCUUGAUGAGAAGAACACGUCAGGCACUGCGCCACCUGCUUCACCGCACUUCCCAACAACUCUUAAAAGUAGGUGUAUUCCCAUUUUACAGAUAAGGAAACUGAGGCUCAGAGAGCUGAAGUAGUGCACCCAGCAUCACCAGCUAGAAAGUGGCAGAGCCAGGAUUCAACCCUGGCUUGUCUAACCCCAGGUUUUCUGCUCUGUCCAAUUCCAGAGCUGUCUCGUGAUCACUUUAUGGCUCACAGGGACCCACAUCCAAACGUGUAUCUCUAAUGAAAUUGUGGAAGCUCCAUGUUUAGAAAUAAAUGAAAACACCUGA